GUCACUGGGUUUUGUCUCUGGUGCGUGGGAGGAGCACACGGCCAUAAUAAACAAGCUCCACAUCAUGCCGAACGCAUUUUGGAAAACAAUUGUUCAUCUCACCAUCAUAACUGGCUUUUGCUGCUGUUUGGAUGUAAACUCUUGGGGAAAUGAGAACAUACCAGCAAUCGCCAAAUACUUCACCACGAAGGGGAGGUAUGAGGAAGUGAACCCGUAUCUCAUAGAGGACAUCCUCGCUGUGAACAAAUCCAUCCUGCAGCCUCCAUCUGCACAAUGUCGACCAAUCCAUCUGACCGCCAUCAUAAGACACGGCACCAGGUACCCGACCGGCAAAAACGUCAAGAAGAUGCAGAAGCUUUACGCGUUAGUGAAGAGCAGCGCGGUUGGUACGGAGAGCUGGCUGCGGGAGAUCCAGACCGAGUGGAGGAUGUGGUACACUGAGGACAUGGACGGCAGACUCGUCCGGAAAGGUGUGGACGAUCACAAGCACCUGGCCGUCAGGCUGUCAAAGCUGUUCCCCUCACUGAUCUCAGAGGAGAAGCUCAGAGAUGGAUUCAUCACAUUCAUGACCAGCUCAAAGCACAGGUGUGUCAACAGCACACUGUCCUUCAAGGCAGGACUCACAGAGCUGUGGGCUAUUACAGAUAAGGAGUUUGACCAUGCAGUGAACAAUGCUCUCAUGAGGUUUUUUGACCAGUGCACCAGGUUUGUGCAGGAAGUUGAUAACAACCCCUCAGCUCUGUCAGAGGUGGACAAGUUCAAGGAGGGACCAGAGAUGAAGAGGGUCACGGAGAAGAUCGCAGACCGUCUCAGAGUCAACUACAAUAGCAUCACAGCUGAUAUGGCUGAAGCUGCAUUUUAUUUGUGUGCUUAUGAGUUUGCCAUCAAGACUGUGAACUCCCCCUGGUGUCAGCUUUUUGAUGAGGUCGAUGCACAGGUUAUGGAGUACGCAAAUGACCUGAAACAAUUCUGGAAAAGAGCCUAUGGUUAUGAUAUUAACAGCAAGUCGAGCUGCAUUCUCUUUCAUGACAUGUUUAGUCGGCUGGAGAAAGCAGCCAACGAGACCAGGUUAGGCCAGCAGGUGACUGAGGCUGUGACAGUCCAGGUCGGCCAUGCAGAGACCCUCUUGCCACUGCUCACCCUCCUGGGCUUCUUCAAGGACAGCGAUGCCCUGACUUCCACCAACUACGCCACACAGACACAACGCUCCUUCCGCACCAGCCACUUUUUACCCUAUGCAGCUAACUUACUCUUUGUGCUAUACGACUGUGGGAGAGGCAACCUGAGACUGCAGCCGCUGCUCAACGAGAAUCCUGUGACUUUCCCCGGUUUGACUGAGCAGCAGGCCUCCGUGCCGCUCUAUCAAGAUGUCAGAGAGAACUACAGGGAGCUGCUCGGAGGCUGUGACUUUGAGGACGAGUGUCAGUUGUUCAACGGUCCUGCUUAAGUUUAGGAAGACGGAGAAUAGUCUGGAAAAGAGGGCAUUACAGUGGCUUUAUUGUGUUUUUAUUUGCAAAAUGGAGUGAAAUGUGUGGUCCUAAUACAAACAUCUUAAUCUGAAUGCCUCUCAUAUGCAAACCAUGAACAAAUCACUGUUCGGCCUGGUCUUUUAUCUGAAUGAAGCAACAGGGAAGUUUUUAAUUUCAAGUUCACCUGUACCAUUACAGUAUUGCUACUGCUACAUUGCUUAUUUUUUUCAUGGUGUCUUUCCAGGAAUUAAAGAUUUAAUUUUC